AUAAAUCAUAUCACCUUAAUCAUUUAUAUAUUAUAGACACCAUCAGUAAGAAUUUUCCCGAAUCCUCUGCUCACUGGUAGCUUUUUUUGGUGUCACGUGACACGUCGACCUGGUAAUGGCAUUUGUUUGGGUUUAAAUCUUGGAAUGUUUUUAAAUCAAAAGUGUCGCGGUGGUGAAGCUCGCAAGAGGUGGAUUAGCGACUGCAAUACUUCAACACCGCUAUUUUACUUCUUGUCCGCCUCCAAUUGUGGAUUUUGAUCGACACUACACCGACUCUACACCGGUAGCGACGAUGAAUUUCGGAGGAGACGCGACGCAGCACCAGGAUGUGGAUCCCGAGCCCGGAUGGAGCGGACUGUACGACCCCUGGAACGGGAGACGGAGGGGGACGGCAGAAAAUUUCCCAGAGGACGAGCUCUACUACAGCAGAGAGCUCAGCGAUAACGAGGACGACGACAACGGGCCGAGGCGACCGAAUGAAGCGCGUGAUGGUGAGGAGCAUGAGGUUUCAAGCCCAUCCCCUAUCCCCUGCCCAUCCCCGCCUAUGAGGGGUCUAUCCCCUAUAUGGGGCCCAUCUCCUGAGAGGAGCCCAUCCCGUCUAUGGAUCCCAUUUCCUGCAAGAAGUCCAUCCCCUUUGAGGAGUCCACGCCACUCUACAGUCCCUCCACCCCGACCUCACUAUCAUGUGAACAUCGAAGACAUAGUGCCUGGUCAGCCUUAUGCCUUUGCCAUCAUGGUUCUUCCAGUCCCAAGGCAGGGCAGGAGGAGGAGGGACGAAGAGGACUUCAAUCAGGAAGCUCCUCCUAGUAGUAGGCGGCGUGUGGAUCCUGAUGGGGAGGUGGAUUUUAUCAGUAGGCCCGUCCAAAUUUCUGUUAGGAUGAUUUCGGCUUUAAUGAGAGAGAUGUAAAUUUAGUACAUAGUCUUCACCUCAUAUUCAUCACCUCAUGUUCUUCACUAGAGGUAUAAUAUCUAUAGUUAGUAUCUUUUAUUGUUGUAGAUAUGUAAAUAUGUAUAUAUUAUUUUAUAUUAUUAGGAUUUUAAGAUUUUUGUAAAUGUAGUGCACCCCUAACUCCCUGAACCACAACUAACCCCCCUCUCAGCCUCUUCUAAACCCCUCAAACCAUCAUCCACACCACUAAUGUACAGUUUGUUAAUGCAUUUAUACCACAGCACUUUGCCAAUGAUAGCAUUACUCUGUGAGUAAUUAUUCUGGAAUAAUAAAUAUUAACAACAAAUUUAACCUUCAUUAAAUUACAGCUGUAACUGCCCAUGCUACUAAAAUAAUACUGAUAAAAUAAUCUAACUUAUUCCAAUUACAUUUGAGCAUUCGUUUUGUUAUAAAUGUAUUAAUAU